AGGUACAUUUGUGUGGAUGUACUUGGGAAGAAAUUUCUCUGGUCUGUUGGCCCUCCAUGCCGACGUCAGCGCGUGUUUGAGCCUCUUGCAUGAUGGCCACGGGAGCUGAACCUCGCGAUGACACAGUAUUGAAGGCCGAGACUACCGAGGAGAGUGUGGAGGUGAGGCGAUUUGGGGUGCUUCGCUCAGUGUUGCGGGGACUCUUCUGGCCGUUUGGCAUCGUGGUCCAUGCAUAUCAUGGCUUUUGGUGGGUGCUGGGGUUCAGGCACCCCAAGCAAAAGCAGCAGGUUGCCCCUGCUGUCUCCAGUCCUGCGCGACAGUGUCUCACCGGUCGCAAGCGCCUGCACCGAGUCACCCGCCUGCUGCUCAACAUCCUGCCCCGCUGGAUGCAGGGCGCCCUGGGCUACACUCUGCCCACAGCAAUCGGUCGUUCCCUCUCUCCAGAAGUAAGGGUCUCUCCCACCAAGCCAUGUGGGAAGGGCAGCAAGAGGAAGCAGGACGACUUGGAGGAAGAUGAUGACGAGGAGGGUGAGGGGGACCAGAGCUGGGUUGAGGCGCUCACACAGGAGCUGGUUGACGAAGGCUCCGAGAAGGAUCCUGACUAUGAGCCGAGUUCUGUCGAGACGGACAGUGAAGAGUUCCGCUCUCACAACAACACUGAGAGUGACAUUGAGGAUCACAACAAGACGGUCACGAUCGAAGAUGUGGAGACGGGUGUUCAGCAGCCCACACCUUCUCAAGGCCCUUGCCCUGCUCUUUAACAAGUUUUGUAUAUAAUGUAAUUUUCUAGGUCCCAAUAAAACGUGUUGAAUUUAA